AUGGGAAGAGAGCCGCAGCAGCUCCCGGACUCAGGGAACCCACUCGAAAAGGAGGCCAAGGCCCCAGAGGCGCCGCCUUUGAGGGUGACCUUCCCCGACGCCUUGCAGAACCAGAGCACUGUCGAGUCGCUGAAGCUGGAGGUCGAAGAGUCCGCUGAGUCCAUGAGCCCCCGCAAUAUGUGGCAGGCACGUUUUAUCUAUUUGACUUGAUGCGCAGUAGGCCUCCUCUUCGCAGGGUCCGUUUAGUUUCUCCAUGAUUCGCGUUAUCACUUCCGUCCUGGCCGUCUAUCCGAUUGGUUUUUGUUAUACCCGCUCAUACCCUACGUUCAUAUUCCCCAAUAGGUUCUCAGGGAAAUUCCUAGGGAUAGAGCAUUUGAAAUAGGAAAGCAAGGAUACCCCAUCGGUUAGUGCUGGUAACUUUUUUUACAUUCUUCCGUGAGGAAAUCUCCCCUUUAACAGCCUUUUCCUUACGACAGAACUGUAUCGGAAGGAACAUGGAAACUUUGAAACGCGGUAAGUCGUCAUUUCUUGAACAUUGGAGUCUAAUUAGGGACAAUUUAGUUGUUUUUAAGAUUAAUUUUUUUCUGUUUCUUUCCUUGUUCGGUAGUUGACUUGAAGAAAAUGGGAUAACUAAAUUUGAUGCUCCAAAGUUUCUUCAUGCUUCAGAUUUUGUCAGGCCCACUCAAGACAGACUAGAUGUGGUUGGGCUCUAGGAGUUGGGAUUAUACUUUAAUCUAAUCUCUUGUUUUGGUCAUAAAUUUGAGCCUUAGGUCAAUCUCAUUCUAAUGCUCCUUACCUUUGGGAGCCCAGUCUAUAUAUAUCAAACUGGGAAUGUUUGCGUGUUUAGACAAGACUGUUUACUGACUGGCUACUUGGCCGCAAAACUAGGUCUAAGACAGCACCACUUGUCCAGUUUAAGUCUAUACAUUUUGCAAACGUGUUUCUCUUAUGGGUAGGACUUCAAUUGUGUAAGUAUUUGUUUAAUAGACUGAAGAUUUCCUGUCUGAGAAUUCGUAAUGUUCAAUAUUUGAUCUGUGUUUCGAACGGCAAUAAACUUUCAGAUCCAUUACGUCGACCUCAUGCCUGGUCAGUAAAGCACAAUCUCCUUCAUAUCAACUGCAGUGCUUGUAGUCUAUCAUACCGUUGAAUAUUGACUUUAAUAGUUUUCCUCAUCAUAUUUUCAUAAUGUUAAUUGUGCCGAUUUGUUUUUUCCCAGAAAUGUCUGCUUACAUUUUUACAUGGUAUCUAUGAUAACCUUAGCUAGACAUGGGAAACCUCUAUAGAGAAUAGAAUACUUAUUCUCUAUUUUAUUUUAUAAAUUGUUUUCAUCUAAUUGUGCUUAUGCUAGGGAUAUACAAUCAUGUAUUUAGAUAUCCGUACUUUGAUUGCUUGAAGCGUUGGAUACUUGCCAAUUAGGUCUGACUGAGCAGUGCGGGAAUUCCGUUGACUUGUAUGCAUUCUCUCGUCGUUCUGAUUUUGGUGCUGAACGUGGAUGGAUGAGGGAAGGAAAAAUAGUAAUUCUCCCCAUGAAAAGGGGAGGGAGAGACAGAUUGGUUGCUGUUGCUUGGUAUGUCCCGUUAGAUGGUCGGGAGUCCAUUGCAUCCUAGAUGUUAGUGUUUGGGGUGGUCAGUCUGCAUCAUGAUCAUCUUCUAAAAAUUUCCUCUCAAUUUGGGUUAGCAUAGUUGGCGGAGCCUUCUGUCAAAAUAAUUGGAAGGAUCUCUGCCUGCAUGAGGUGGCUGUGGGGGGGUACAAAUUUGUUGGUUAUAUUUACAGUCUUCUUGCUGGAUUCAGUUUUCCUCUGAGGGUUUCACAUUCUCUGUCCGCUCGUUUUGGUUUCUAGUGUUUCUCAAAAUGGGAUCGGGUCAGAAACGGGGUGCCUCCAAAGGCAAAACGAUGGGUUCAUGAUUGAAAAAUUCAGGCGAAAUUUAACUUGCGAUGAGGCCAGGUUUUUUUGGGUGCAUAUUGACAUCUAGGGUACAUUAUUUCAUCAUCUAUUUUUAUUUUAUGGAGAGGAGGGUCUUCCUUCCUACACGUGGACACCUAGAAUACCUCAAAAUAAAAUCAUGCACUCGUGAAUAAUUUCUGAAACAAAAAAAAUUGCAAAUUCGUUGAAGGAAGAUCCUGCGAUGUGUUAUAUAUUUUUUUCCAGUUGGCAUUCCCUCGAAACAAGACAGUUCUGCCUUCCUGACAAACAACAAUCAAUAUGGGUUUGGCUUUAAGUUAGCUCCUGAUCAGAGGGACUGUCCACAUUUGUUGAGAUCUUGCCUUUCAACUUGCUAGAUGACUCCAGAUUGCUGGCGGUAUCUUUAGGAUGAUGAUGAUUAAUCAAGAUCAUGCUUCUUGCUAAAACAAAACUGGGGGGUUAUACCUUUUGGGGCUGUGUUUCCUGAUUGCAGAGCUUUAUACCUUUUGCCAUCCGACUUUGAAACCAUAAUCAGGUCAAUUAUAACUUUCAACUGGAUUGAAGAGGCUGUGGCAAUGAAAGCACAUGAUGCGAUAAUCUCGUCAAGGGUCUUAGUACAUUCGCAUCGUGCGGCUCUUGGAAUGAAUAUAAGGCUGAACAGUUUAAUUUGGUUUAUGUGCGUAGCAUUUACUAGUAAACAUGAGAACGUGGGGCGUUUUCAAGGCGUAGGAUUUCGUUGGGUGAAUUCUGGGCUACUCAGCCAACGUGCAUGUCUCUCAGGAUAGGCAUUCUGCAGGGUUGCACUUAGUUGAGAGUAUCACUAGAGGCUGAAGGGCUAUCUUCUUUUUGAUAAUGUAGUUGGCAUCAUCCGCUCAUUUUUAUUCUAAGUCUUCUCCGUUUCAAUAGGUGGUAUACGGCUGGCAUAGAUAUUAUUCGAUUUUAAGAACAACAGGAGACGACUCCAAUUUAAGCACAAGUCAUGCAUGUAGUACGUAGGGGGUGAAGUUGACGCGCAUGCCGUGAACAUCCUAGAGAUCAACCUUGAGCUUGUUCCUCGCGCCUUGGGCUGGUUCGGUUCUGAAAUAUCUGCUUGGAUCUACCUGUGCAGGUGUACGCUCUCGGAGGCUUCAUGGUCCUUAGCUGGGUAUGGGGUAGAUGGAAGGAGAGGAGAGACAGAAGAGCGCCACCAUGA